GGCUCUGGAAGACAUUGCUGCUUGCCACCUCCUUCUAAUGCAUUGAGGUCUCUCUCUUUGAUCUCUCCAUGUACUUCAGUUCUUGCUGGGUUCUGGGAAACCACUUCCCUCCUUUGCUUCCUCACAUUGCUAUAUCCCAGUGUCUGACACCAAAUCUCAGAGAGGCUGUUUCUCUUCUGUUCACCAGUCUGCCAUCUUCCCAGGAGCCUGUCAUGGCCUUUUAACACUUGUCCACAAUCUGUAACCCACUGUAACUAAUUGUUUAUUGUGUCCUCUGUUAAGGUCAGCCUCUCCUUAAGGAACAAAAGGGUUCAUUCCCUUCUCUUUCAACUCUAGUGCUUAACUGUUCCCUGCUCAAGGUGCCCAAUCAAUCCUUGUUGAAUGUGUGUAUAAUUGAACCCAUACACUAAAGCUGGGUCCUCCAUCAAAGAGGCUGAUGCAUAGAAGAUCCAUCAAAGUUCUCAGGUACCAAAACACUGUUCUAGAGUGGGAUGUGGGUGAUAUUUCAAUUCUGAAUCCCUCUCUAUUUUUCCCAGCCACUAUUCUCUUUCUUUCUCAUUUGUUAUUACUGUUUCUCUGGCUCUCUCUUUCUCCAUCUCUGUAUCUGUCUACACAGGAAGCAUGCAGCUUUAGGUCUAAGGUGAUCAGUAAUGGAAACAUUAAUGCCUGGGCAAAUUUAAUAAAAGAUCACAGACUUUUUCUGGGGUCAUUAUUUCUUGUGACUUUUCUUCCCCAAGUUUCUGCUUGAAUCUGAUUCUUCCUCUUUAUCUCUUUCUUGUCUCUAGCUCUAGAUUCCUGCCAGCACCCAGGACCAACUCCUCUUGCCCCUGGAUCUUCAGAUGGCCCCUACAAGCAGAUGGCCAGCAGGUGUCUCUGGCUGAAGGUGACAGGUUCCUACUGCUCCAAAAGACCAGUUGAGACUGGUGGUUGGCAAGGUACCUGGGAGCACACUCUACCUCUCCACCUGUCUUUGUCCCAGCUGCCUACGUGACAGAAGAAUCCAUCCCUUCCCAGGGUUAUUACCUCCAACCAAUUUUUCUGGACUCCCGGUGAGUAAGCCCUAAGCCCUCCCCUAUCACUUUCCUAUCUCCCUAGCUUUGGGGAAUUAUUGAGAGAACCCCUUUCCUCUUAGCAUCUGCUGACCCCCUCUCUUAUUUCCUUUGGAUCUACCUACCCUUCAUCCCCCAUCCCUGUAGUGAUGGUAACCCCAUUCCAUUGCCUCCCCCUCCGAGUUCCAAGCCUUCUGGGUCUCAUGUCAUUUCGCACAGCCUUCCUCUGACCUCCUUGAAGACCCAGGCAGGAUCACACCUCUGAUCACCUAUCACCCUCCCAUUUCUGUUUCUAGAGCCAAAGAUGUUUCGUAGCAUCUCGGAAGAGCUGAACCUGUCUCAGGCACACCAAGCUACAUCUGAGCAGCCUCCUCCCCUCCACGCCCCCAAAAUGAGUAGAAGUGUCAGUGUUGCCAGUUUGAGGCCCAGUCCUCUGAAGCCCCUCCAGGACAGGUCAAGUAGAAGAUCCCUCUCAGAGGAAGGUGUAUUGACAGAAGCCAGUACCAACAUGGCAAGACCCCAGCCUCUCAUGUCAGAGCCCCCUGUGUACAAUAACUUGGUGGACCUUCGCCGCUGUCCCCGAUCCCCUCCCUCAGACCCUGCAUGCCCCCUAUUGCAGAAGUUGGAUGCCUGGGAACAGCACCUGGACCCCAACUCUGGACGCUGCUUCUACAUAAACUCACUGACUGGCUGCAAGUCCUGGAAGCCUCCCCGCCGCAGUCGCACUCAAGACAAGAACCCUGGCUCCAUGGAGGGGACACAGACCCUGAAUAGGGACAUCAAUGUCCUGCAACCUCAGGCAAAGGGCUUGGGAGUUGACACAGGUACCCUGGAACUGCUUGACCCACAGGGUUCACCCUGCCGAGACCAAUGUAGCUCCCAGCUUGUUCCCUCAGACCAGCCUCCAGCCUUACAGCGCCCCCGAGGUCUGCCCCAGCUCCUGGAAGACCCCCAUGAAGUGGAAAAGUCGGGCCUGCUCAAUAUGACCAAAAUUGCCCAAGGGGGGCGCAAGCUCAGGAAGAACUGGGCCCCGGCUUGGGUGGUGUUGGCGGGUAACAGUCUGGUGUUCUACAGGGAGCCGCCGCCACCAACGGCGCCCUCCACUGGCUGGGCACCAGCGGGUAGCCGGCCGGAAAGUAGCGUGGACCUGCGCGGGGCAGCCCUGUCGCAUGGCCGCCACCUGUCCAGUCGCCGCAACGUCCUGCACAUCCGCACAGUCCCUGGCCACGAGUUCCUGCUGCAGUCGGAGCAGGAGAGUGAGCUGCGAGCCUGGCACCGUGCGCUGCAGGAGGUCAUCCAGCGGCUGGACCGGGAGAACCCCCUGGAGCUGCGUCUGUCUGGCUCUGGACCGGCAGAACUGGCUGAACUGAGCGCCGGGGAGGAUGAGGAAGAGGAGUUGGAGCCGGUGCCCAAACUGCUGCUGCGGUUCAGCAGCCGCCGCGGCUCCAGUCGGUGUCCUGAAGGCACUGAGCAGAACCGCGUGCGAAACAAGCUAAAGCGGCUAAUUGCCAAGAGACCUCCUUUGCAAAGCCUUCAGGAGCGGGGCCUGCUGCGAGAUCAAGUGUUCGGCUGCCAGUUGGAAUCACUGUGCCAGCGGGAAGGGAACACGGUGCCUAGCUUUGUGCGGCUCUGCAUUGCGGCUGUGGAUAAAAGAGGUCUAGAUGUUGAUGGCAUUUACAGGGUGAGCGGGAACUUGGCAGUAGUCCAAAAACUUCGCUUUCUGGUGGAUAGAGAGCGGGCAGUCACCUCUGAUGGGAGGUAUAUGUUCCCAGAACAGCCAGGACAAGAAGGCCGACUAGAUUUGGACAAUGCUGAAUGGGAUGAUAUUCAUGUGGUCACUGGAGCCCUGAAGCUUUUUCUCCGGGAGCUGCCCCAGCCUCUGGUGCCUUCACAGCUGCUGCCUCAUUUUCGUGCUGCCCUUGCACUCUCCAAAUCAGAGGAGCGCCUCUCUCAAAUACAAGGAUUAAUAGAGUCGAUGCCAAAGCCUAAUUGUGACACUCUAAGGCACCUCUUGGAGCAUUUAUGCAGGGUGAUAGAACACUCAGAUAAGAACCGUAUGACCCCCCACAAUCUGGGGAUUGUGUUUGGACCAACCCUGUGUCGGCCAGAGCAGGAGACAUCUGACCCAGCAGCUCACGCACUCUACCCUGGGCAGCUGGUCCAGCUGAUGCUCACUGACUUCACCAGCCUCUUCCCCUGACCCAGGAGAAGAGGAAACACUUUCAAAGGAUCUGUUGGGUGACUUUGGGGUGGGAA